ACGAUGAGAUUGUGAAGGAGGUGUCGGCGUACCUGAAGAAGGUUGGGUACAACGUGGAGAAGGUGCGCUUCAUCCCCAUCUCCGGCUGGCAGGGCGACAACAUGAUUGACAAGUCGGAAAAUAUGCCGUGGUACAAGGGCCCCACGCUGCUGGAGGCACUCGACAUGCUGGAGCCCCCGGUGCGCCCCAGCGACAAGCCGCUGCGCCUGCCGCUGCAGGACGUGUACAAGAUCGGCGGUAUCGGCACCGUGCCGGUCGGUCGCGUGGAGACGGGCACGAUGAAGCCCGGCGACGUGGUGACGUUUGCGCCCGCCAACGUGACGACGGAGGUGAAGUCGAUUGAGAUGCACCACGAGCAGCUGGUCGAGGCCACGCCCGGCGACAACGUCGGCUUCAACGUGAAGAACGUGUCCGUGAAGGACAUCCGCCGUGGCAACGUGUGCGGCAACUCGAAGAACGACCCCCCAAAGGAGGCGGCCGACUUCACGGCGCAGGUGAUCAUCCUGAACCACCCCGGCCAGAUCGGCAACGGCUAUGCGCCGGUGCUCGACUGCCACACCUGCCACAUCGCGUGCAAGUUCGCCGAGAUCGAGUCCAAGAUCGACCGCCGCUCCGGCAAGGAGCUUGAGAAGAACCCCAAGUCGAUCAAGUCCGGUGACGCCGCCAUGGUGCGCAUGGUGCCGCAGAAGCCCAUGUGCGUGGAGGUGUUCAACGACUACGCUCCUCUUGGCCGCUUUGCCGUGCGUGACAUGCGCCAGACGGUCGCCGUCGGCAUCAUCAAGGCGGUGACGAAGAAGGAGGGCGGUGCCGGCAAAGUCACCAAGGCCGCCGCAAAGGCCUCCAAGAAGUGA